CGGCGUCUCCUUGAUCGGGGCAAGAUCAUCAAGCUUGUGUGAAUCUGUGAAAAGUUGUCAGCCCCGAAAUACGAAGAAACUCCUCCCGUCUUCAGAUUAUGAGCAAUCAACAGCAGGGUGAAAUGGCCGCUUCUGACCGCGGUGGAGGCUUCAGUCAGAAGAGAAACAAGUCACAAGACUCACAGCAGCCAUCUCCACUCGCACUGUUGGCGGCUACCUGCAGCCGCAUUGACACGCCAGGCGAGAGCGACGCCUCUGCCGAACAGCAGCAGCUCGAAAUCAAUCAAGGUGUCUUCACCUCCCCUGGAAACGGCUGGCAGGUUGUUCCCAUCAGUGUUCAGUCAUCUUCCUGUGGCAACACUGUCACCACCGACUCCUCGGGCAUCAUGGCAGGAGCAGACACCAAGAAUAGGCAGGUUCUUUCCCCGUCGUCCACCACAGCGAGCACCCAAGCCCAGCAGCAACAGUAUGUGCUUGCUCCAGCUCAGUCACUUCCAGGCCAACAGGUUCUUGCCACCAUACCAGGUGUAAUGCCCAACAUCCAGUACCAGUUUAUUCCACAGUUCCAGACUGUAGACGGACAGUCUCUGCAGUUGGCCCACCCUCAGCAAGAAUCUACCGCCACGGCAGCUCCAGGACAGCAGUUUCAGAUUGUUGCAUCUCCAAACGGCCAGCAGAUUAUUGCAUCCAGACCUGGAGCAGCAGGAGGCCUCAUCACGAUGCCGAGUCUCAUUCAGGGUGCAAUCCCCAUCCAAAAUAUAAGCCUUGGCAAUGGAGUGUUGCAGAACCAGCCACAGUUUCUGACAAAUAUGCCAGUCUCUUUGAAUGGAAACAUCACUUUGUUGCCUGUCAGCGCUGGAGUAACUGGAGCAGGAGGAGAUGCUAACAGUGGUGGAGAUAGUGGAGGAAGCCAACUCAUCCAGCAGCAGCAGCAGCAACAACAACAACAACAGCAGCCAGUGUCCUCCAACAGUGGGAUGAGCUACAUAACCAGCGCGUCUACUGCAACCACACAAGCCACCUCCUCUUUUGGAAUGACACAAACUCAAAACACCACCACAGCGGUGAGUGGAACUUUCCAGCAGAACCCAGCACCUAUAGGCGUCACAAUACAGCCUGACAACAGAGAUGGACAACAGCAACAGCCACAACAACAACAACAACAACAGCAACAGCAGCAGCAGCAACAGAUACUCAUCCAGCCUCAGCAGGUCAUUCAGAGUGGAACUCCCCUCCAGACCAUCCAGACAGGUACAGGUCAGGUCUUCGCUGCACCAACACUUAGCCAGGAAGGCCUUCAGAAUCUUCAAAUCAUGCCCAACACGGGUCCCAUCCUGCUGCGUACGGUCGGGCCAAACGGCCAGGUGAGCUGGCAGACUCUUCAGAUCCAGAGUCCACCCGGGGCACAGAUCACAUUAGCCCCAGUUCAGUCACUUCCUCAACUGGGCCAGGCCACCGUAGCUCCUGGAGCUGGAGGACUCUCUGUAAACACAGUGCAGAUCCCUGGAAUACAAACCAUAAAUCUCAACUCACUCGGGGGCUCCGGCCUGCAGAUGCACCAAGGGCUCAUCAGCACCCAGACAGGAGAGCAGACGUUGCAAGGUGGUGGGGAAAACCUGGAUGAAAGCAACGUCAUGGAUGAGGAGGAUAUGAGCCCUCCUCAGCAGGGGCGACGGAACAGAAGAGAGGCCUGCACCUGCCCCUACUGCAAGGACGGAGAGAGUCGCAGAGACCCGACUAAAAAGAAGCAGCAUAUCUGCCAUAUCACCGGAUGCAACAAGAUCUACGGAAAGACCUCGCACCUGAGGGCCCAUCUCCGCUGGCACACCGGGGAGCGGCCUUUCGUCUGCAGCUGGUCCUUCUGCGGGAAGAGAUUCACCCGCUCAGACGAGCUUCAGCGCCACAAGAGGACACACACAGGAGAGAAACGAUUUGCGUGUACAGAGUGCACAAAGCGCUUCAUGCGGAGCGACCACCUCUCCAAACACAUCAAGACUCACUUCAACAAGAAGGCGACGGCACUGGGACACAGUAGCCCCACGGUUUCCAACGAGGCAGAGUCACCAGCUGGACACGAAAACAGCAUCAGCGACCAGCACACCAUCGUCACCAUGGAGACCUUAUCGGCCGAGAGCCUUGCCCGGUUAGCCAGUUCAGGGAUCAACAUGGUGCAGGUGGACAUCAGCCAUAUUAACGGCAACAGCUACUAAAGUGGAGGUCUUUGAGGAAUUUUACAACGUAUAUAAAAAAAAAAAAGAAAAGGGUGCACCAACUGACCAGAAGCGGUCAAUCAUGCAACACAAGGGGACACUGAUGAUGCACAAAUGCUUAUUUUUCUGUUUUAUGGCGUCAUGUUUUGGGGUGAUAGUUUGUCAAAAAAAAGUGACAGUACACUCACACCCCCACCAGGAGGAGCCAUUAGAGACAAUGCAAUAAAUCAUUUGUUUUUAAGCUCUCUAAACCAGUUCUGGAGAACAGCUCUCUCCCAUUGGGUGCUACGACCACCAUUUUGUCUUCCAAAGGUCUGCAGGGCAUCAUCUCCACCUGCGCACGCAGCAGUGGUAGGAACUGUGGACGGCGCAGCAUAGGAAAUUUUUGUGGGAGAAUGAACCGAGCGCAAUAAUCUGAGAACCUUUGUAUGUACACAAACUUUGAAGCCAUCAUGCUUAAAUACGUUUAUUUCAGUUUAACCUUUUUGACUGUUUUUCAAAUGUGUAUAUAAUAUUAUAUGGUAAGAAAUAUUCAUAAUUUGUUAGCAUAGGCAGGGAUGAUCAUAGCCUUACAGUUGUCGACCUCUAAUGCACAAUUUUUUAUACAUGAAUUGUAGAUGACAGGGUACAUGUUGUAUUCUACAACCAUUAUCUUCUGUUCUAACAUAUUUGCCUUCACUUGUAAAGAUUUCUUUAUGCAGUUUUCAGUAAUGGAAAAAAAGAACUAAUGCAAAUACAAACCAAAGUCUCAUGAGCAGAACUACUUUGGUUUUUUUCAACUUUCAUUUUUUCCAAAUCAAUUUGAGUUAAAAGUCACUUCUAUUCGUACAACAGUCCUGUACACAUUUGUCUGUGUAAACUCCAAAAAAAAAGUUUUACAAAUGUUGCUGCAUUUCCAAUGAGGCAUUGUAUUUUGUUAACUGUGAAUGCCAACGGCUGGAUUAAAAAUUGAAUCAUUUCUUAAUAAAGUGAAC